UCCAUUCGUGUGUUUAUACUUAUUAGCUUGUUUUGUUAGUAUUCGGUGUGUUAAAAGAUCUUUUGUAUCGUUAUAGCUGUGGUGGAUAUACUCGCGUUAUACACACACACGUAACUUAUAGAUAAACGAUUGCAUACGGUCUAUUUUCAAAGUCAAUUUGACAUUUGGAUCUGCUCUUGCUGCCUCGUACAAGGCUCCGAAGAUGAAAUUGUUCGCGUGGAUAAGCGUCGUUGUAGCGGGGUCCUUGGCACAACCUGAAGCAUUUUUCUCUCAUCAGUCGUCAUCGGGUGCUUUGGAGGUGAUCAAGCGCCUAGGUGAAAGCAGGGCAGGCGAGGUCAAGGUAACGCAGGGACGGAGCAAAGCAGGUGACUCCCCUAUCUUCUUCAUCAAGCUGCCUCCUUCACCUUACUACUUCAGGCCCAAUACCGUGCCGUCUCCUUCGCAUAGUCUGGAGAAGCUUCCGGUGAGCUUCGUCAACAACGGCAAACCCCAUCGCGUCCAGCACUGGAACCUCCCGCUCAUCAAUGCCCACAGAUCACGCCCAUUCCGCCCACACCCGCACCUACGCCUCCGCCCACGACCGGACACACCCACUUCGCCCGCAAUAACACCACCUUCGACAACAAGAACAAAAAUAACAGAAAGACCACAAUUUCAUAUGAUAGUCAAGAACCUGUUUUUCUUUUGCAAUUUAGAUGAGAAAUCUGAUGUGUUCUGA